UACAAAGAAGACUAUGAGAAAAUGAAAGGAAAAGCUAUGGCAACAAAAGAUUCAAGACUUCUGCACUCUAUGCAAGUAGCCAAAAUAAAUAGUGAGAUUGCAUAUAAAAAAGACUUUGAGAAGAAUAAAGCACAUUUCCAUUUACCAUUGGAUAUGAUAAAUCUGGAACACGCAAAGAAAGCCCAGGCUCUGGCUAGUGACAUUGACUAUAGGAAAAAAAUACAUGAAUAUACAGCAGUUCCAGAAGACCUAAAGACACAGUGGGCUAAAAAGGUCUACGGGCUACAAAGUGAGCUUCAGUACAAGACAGACCUUAGAUGGAUGAAGGGAGUUGGCUGGAUAGCAGACCGAAGUAUCAAUAUUGAACAAGCAAAGAAGGCUGGAGAACUCAUCAGUGAGAAAAAGUAUCGACAGAGGGCUGAUGCUGUAAAGUUCACAAGUGUUGCAGACAGUUCCCAGAUCCAACAUGCGAAGAAAAGCCAGGAACUGCAGAGUGAUGUUGCAUACAGGUCAGCAAAAGAGGAUUUUCUUCACAACUACACCAUCAGCAAAGAUGAGCCUCUAUUCAUACAGGCCAGAAUAAAUGCAGCAAAUAUUAGUGAAAAAAUCUACAAGAGUAGCUGGGAGAGGCAGAAAGAGAGGGGGUUUGAACUUCAUCUUGAUGCUAUACCAUUCCUGACAGCCAAGGCAAAGAGGGACCUGGCAAGUGAUAUAAAAUAUAAGGAGAAUUAUGAGAAGACUAGAGGAAAGUUGAUUGGAGUGCAAGAUGUGAGCCAAGACUCACAAAUGGCUCAUUUGCUCCAAGUGUCAAAGAUGCAGAGUGAUCUGGAGUAUAAAAAGGCAUUUGAAGACGUAAAGAAUCAGUAUCAUGUGUCCAUGGAUAUGAUAAAUCUUGUCCAUGCCAAGAAAGCUCAGGACUUGGCCACUGAUAGAGGAUAUAAGACAAUCAUGCACCGCUAUACAGCUUUGCCCACAGAUAUGAAAGUAGAAUGGGCCAAGUGGGCUUAUGGCUUGCAGAGUGAUAACCGAUACAGAGCAGAUCUGAACUGGAUGAAAGGAGCCGGAUGGAUCGCCACUGGGUCAUUAAAUGUGAAGCAGGCUCAGAAGGCAGGAGAACUCAUUAGUGAGAAGAAAUACCGUCAGCAUCCAUAUGCUUUGAAGUUUACCAGUAUUAAAGACACUCCUGAGAUGAUCCAGGCUAGAAUUAGUUAUAACCAGGCUGUGGAUAGGCUUUAUAAAGAGCAUGGAGAGAAUGUAAAACAUAAUUAUACCCAGAUAGCAGAACUUCCUGAGAUCUUUCAAGCUAAACAAAAUGCUUUGAAUAUCAGUGAGACCUGCUACAAGGAAUCCUGGAAGAAGAUGCAACAUGGUGGUUAUAAACUGAAACUGGAUGCCAUUCCUUUCCAGACGGCAAAGGCUUCUAGUGAAAUUAUAAGUGAUCAUAAGUACAAGGAGGCAUUUGAGAAAAUGAAAGGGCAGUUGAUUGGUUCCUAUGGCUUGGAAGAUAUAAACAUUUCUCACUUAAUCCAUGCAGCUUUGCUACAGAGUAAUAUAAAUUACAGGAAAGAUUUUGAUAAUCAGAAGAGCAAGUUCCACCUACCACUAGACAUGCUGAAUUUGGUACAUGUCAGAAAAGCCCAGUCCUUGGUCAGUGAUCAGGACUAUAGACAACAGCUUCAUGAUUACACAUCACUGUCUGAAGAUAUGAGACUGCAGUGCGCUAAAAAAGCUUAUAAACUACAGAGCGAGAAUUUAUACCGAUCUGACUUGAACUUUAUGAGAGGAGUUGGCUGUAUCAUACCAGGGGCCUUGGAGAUUGAAGCAAAGAAGAAAGCUUCUGAACUCAUCAGUGAGAGUAAAUACCGUCAGCUAGCAAAUUCCUUCAAGUACACAUCAGUGACAGACUCUCCUGGCCUCCUUCAUGCAAAAUUCAGCAAUAUGAUUGCUAAUGAGCGCCUGUACAAAGCAGCAGGGGAAGACACUUUGCAUCACUGUACCGUAACACUGGGGCUUCCUGAAUUUGAAAGGGCAAAAAUGAAUGCAAUGAACAUUAGUGAGGCAAAAUACAGGGAAUCUUGGCAUAAUCUCCGUGCUCAGGGUUAUAAGCUGACAAUGGAAGCCAUCCCUUUCCAGACUGCCAAGGCCUCCCGAGAAAUUGCCAGUGAUCUACAGUACAAACACAACUUUGUUUCAGAGAGAGGGAAGCACAUUGGUGCCAGAAGCAUUCUGGAUGAUACUAAUCUGCUACAUUGCUUGCAUGCUGCUAAGUUACAGAGUGAACAGGAAUACAAGAAAGGCUCCAGAAAUAUCUGUUCUCAGUACAGUCUUCCUAUGGAUAUGGUUAACCUAGUUCAUGCUAGAAAAGCCCAGAAUCUCAUCAGCGACCAGGACUACAGGAAAAGAUUGCAUGAGUACACAGUGCUCCCUGAAGACUUGAGGAUGAAGUGGGCCAAAAGAGUUCAUUUGCUGCAGAGUGAGUUUUCAUACAAAUCAGACCUGAACUUCAUGAGGGGGGUUGGCUGGGCACCUCUGAGAUCCCCUCAUAUAGAAAAUGUGAAGAAGGCUGGAGAACUCAUCAGUGAGACAAAAUAUCGUCAGAAACCAAAUAGUCUGAAGUUCACCACAGUUACAGACUCGCUGGACUUCAUCCAUGCUAAAAAUAGUUACCUUCAAUGCAAUGAACGGCUAUACCGGGCUGGGUGUUUGGACAACAUGCACAGAUACACUCUGCCCCCUGACCGCCCCGACCUCAUAAGGGCACGCCUCAAUGCGCUCCACAUCAGUGAUAAACUAUAUAAAACAUCUUGGGAGGAAACACGGGCAGCUGGUUAUGAUUUCAGAUUGGAUGCCAUCCCUUUUCAGACAGCUAAAGCAUCUAGAGAAAUUGCCAGUGAUUUCAGAUACAAAGAAGCCUUCCUGAGGGAAAGGGGUCACCAGAUUGGAUUUUGCAAUGUGCAUGAUGAUCCUAAAAUGAGACACUUCCUGAAGAUGGGCCACCUCCAAAGUGACAACCAAUAUAAAAGGGAUUAUUUUAGAAACAGAGCGCAAUUCAGAAGUCAAGCUGAUCAGCCAGGAUUUAUCCAUGCAAAGAAAAGUCAACAACUGAUAAGUGAUGUCAACUACAGGCAGCACCUGCAUCAAUAUACCUGUGACCCGGAGCAGCUGAAUCUCAGGCAUGCCAAGCAAGCCUACGGACUCCAAAGUGAUGUCAAAUACAAAUCUGAUUUGAAUUGGAUCAGAGGUAUUGGCUGGACUCCUCCAGGUUCUUACAGAGUGGAAAUGGCCAGAAGAGCUGCAGAGCUGGCAUAUGCUCAGGAAAUGGAAUCUCAAGAAACUCUGAAUCAGUAUGAUCCAGACUAUGAGAAGACAGCAGAAGGAUCCCAACAAGUCCAGUUGAAUCCUGAUGCAGCAGAGAUUCUGCAAAUGAAGAGAAGAAAAAUGAAACUAAUUAAGAAAUGAACAGAAACAUAGACAUCUGUCUAAAGAAAAUGCAUAUAUUUUUCAGUUUGCUCUCAAAAUCAUGUAGCUAUUCUAGUCUUCUGAGAAGCAGAGUAGUGCACCACUCAGAAAUAGUUAUUACCAAAAAAAAACUUUGCUAAUUCUAAAAGAAUCAUUUAAUGUUGAACUUUAUAUUUUUGCAUGAAAAGCUGUACUUGAUUUUUUAAAGUAUGUAUUAUAUAAUGUAGUAUUUAUGACAGCAAAUUAGAUUAGUACUAGAUGACUGGCAGGCUCAGCUUUGUACUAAAAAUAUAUGAACCAUGAUUUGCUGAAAGAAAAAAAAUAUAUUUGUAUUGAAAAUAAAUCAGUGGAAUCAC